UUAACGUCAACAUGCGCACAGCAAAAUCCUGUGCAUUAAUAUAGGUAACAUACGCAACAGCAAGUGUUGCUUCUGAUACAUGCAUACAAAUACACAAUACCCAUACGUCUCUGAAAAUAACUGGUUGAUAAUGUUUCGUAAAGUGAAGUCACUAUACAGCACCCACCCAUAAGAGAGUUUAUCUCACUUACUUACUUUAUUUUGAAUAUUUUAAGUAAAAUAUUGCUGUUUAAUAGUUGGAGUGGAAUAUCUAUUGGUGUAAAGCAUAUCUCAACUACAAGCCAAUUAUUUCGGAGUAAUUUCAUACAUAAAAGCGAUUUAAUCAGGUUUUACAAAUUAGCUCUUAUAUUAUUUGUAUUCUUACUUGUAUGUGUUUUUUCGAUGUAAGAAGAGUGGGGACCUGUUUGGCCACCAUAUAAAUAUUCCAAUCGUCAGUAUCGUUAUUCAGUUCUUCACUUGGCCCUCAAUUAUCAAGGGAAUUUAUAAGUGUACCUUUUCAUCCUACUUGGAACCCUUUUGUACUAAUUUUUUUUUUUUUUACUUAAAAAGGAUUUUUUAUCCUUUUAUUUUAUGUUGCAUUCCACUGUCUGUACUUAAUACUCGAAUUUUUUUUUACUUUUGACUGACAUAUUUUUUAUACUCAUACUUUUUAUUUGUUAAAUAUUAAAAAUGGGUUUGAGAAUUUUGGUGAAAGUUUGUGAAACAAAUAUAUUUUCACGAGCUGUAUCAGGUAACAAGCCAUUAUGGAUCACUUUUGGAAGACAUAUAAGCUGCACGACCAUGUCAAGGACGAUGCUUAAAGAUUCGCCGAACGCGGCUCUCAACAAGACAUUGCUGAACAAGUAUUUGGAUUUACCUCAACCAGACAAUAAAAUUCAAGCAAAAUACAUCUGGAUCGAUGGAACCGGCGAGGGAAUACGAUCAAAGACGAGAACUCUGGACUUUGUACCCAAGCAUCCGUCGGAACUUCCUAAAUGGACUUACGAUGGUAGUUCGACUUACCAAGCUGAGGGUGGAAACAGUGACGUAUUUCUGCUACCAGUAGCUAUCUACCGGGACCCAAUCCGCCGUGGGAACAACAAACUGGUCCUCUGCGAGACUUACACCAGUGACAUGACUCCAACUGCAACAAACAAACGUUUCAGGUGUAAUCAAGCCAUGGAAGCUGUAAAAUCUGAAGAACCGUGGUUUGGAAUUGAGCAGGAGUAUACUUUCCUCGAUUUCGACAACCGACCUCUGGGCUGGCCAAAGAAUGGCUUUCCUGGACCCCAGGGUCCCUACUACUGCGGUGUAGGAGCUGAAAGAGUUAUUGGCCGUGAAAUUGUCGAAGCGCAUUACCGCGCUUGCAUGUACGCUGGAGUAAACAUCGCUGGUACCAACGCUGAAGUAAUGCCAUCGCAGUGGGAGUUCCAGGUUGGUCCUUGCGUUGGAAUCGCUGGUGGAGAUGAUCUCUGGAUAGCCCGGUUUUUAUUGCACCGCAUAGCUGAAGAGUUUGGUGUUAUCGUGACUCUUGAUCCUAAGCCCGUUGACGGAUCCUGGAACGGAGCCGGUGCGCACACCAAUUUCUCUACCAAGUCAAUGCGCAAAGAAAACGGAAUUAUUGAGAUUGAGAAAGCUAUUGAGAAAUUGAGCAAACAGCACGUGAAACACAUUCAGGCUUAUGACCCACGUGGAGGAAAAGACAACGAACGUCGUCUUACAGGCAAGUGCGAGACCAGCAGUAUCCAUGACUUCAGCGCCGGGGUUGCUAACAGAGGUGCCAGUAUUCGUAUUCCUCGAGGAGUCGCCGAAGAUAAGAAGGGAUACUUGGAAGACAGGCGACCUAGUAGUAAUUGUGAUCCGUAUUCUGUCUGUGAUGCGUUGGUCCGUACAUGCUUGUUGAAUGAGUAAUUUUGUUCCUCUGUUAUAUUUAAAUGUACAACUAGAUAAGCGCAACAAUGCUAUAAAUUAUAUUAUAAUACACGUGGAAUUUAAAUUUUAUGUUAUUCUUUUAAAAACAAAAAAUCUUUUUAUGGAAGUGUAAUAAUUGUCAUGUAGAUGGGUGGAAUAAUGAUGUAGAAUUUAUAAUUUAUGAAAUUGUUUUUUGAUCUACGUCAACUUAUAUUUUCUUGUACGUAAUGGGCAAUUAUUUUGUUAUAUAUUUACAGAAUUUAUUGCUAUUGAUACUUUUAAUUAUAACUACCAGUAAAGAUUUAUAAUCAAAAAAUAAUAGAAUGAAAAAAAAAAAAAUUCUUCUAACUAUUUUUGAUAAGUGAGCUUGUAUUUUAUCAAUUUGAGCGAGGCUGCCUUCCAUAUACGGUUUGUAGUGAAUUCAAAUCUUGUGGUUAGAUGAAAGAGUAUAGUUGUAUAUGAAGUAUAAGACUAAUUACAGGCAAUAAUAAACGACCGUUGUAUUCAUUCCGAUGCAAAUCCUCGAUUAGAUUGAGCAAUUUGAUAUUAAUUAUUUAUACUAGCCAAAAUUAUUACAUGUUAUCUGGACAUUAUCAUAAUCUUUCGUUUAUUUAUGAAUUAACUUUAACUAUUUCUUAUCUCGCCGAAUCUUUACCGAUGGAUUAUUUAUUGCUGUUAUGUUAAUGACAAUUAUCAUUGACAUAGACAAUUAACAUUGUAUAAUAUUUAUAAAGAUAUAUUUUUUUUUUUCAAUCAUAAAAUGCUUUUUAUCGUCUACUACUACUUAUUAUUAUUAUUAUUAUUAUUAUUAUUUUAUAAUAUGAUUAUUAUAGACAAAUAUUACCAUAUUUCGUAAUUAUUAUAAUAAUACAUUACAAUAUUUUACGUAUUUAGCUACGAAUUGGUACAAUAAAUGUUAAUCAGUUCAAUUGUAAAAAACGUAGAGACAUAUUUUGGAUAAUGUGGAAUUAUUUCGAUAUUAUUUAUUAAGAAAAAAUAUAUAUGGUGUAUGUAUUGUUGAACUGUUUACUCAAAUUGUAAAAUUUAAUAAAUAAACCAAUAAAUAAUAUGAUGUUUUAAA